AUGUCGUCCGCUGCGAAUCCCAGCAUACUCGAGCCCCAUUGCCCUUUAGAAGACAACCCGCCCAGUUACUCUGCGAUUCAAUCUACCGAGCCGUCGCCUGGUUUGCUUCCGCCAGGGUCCGGCCUAUAUACUACGGUCGGGCAGAGUCGAUAUCAUGGCUCCACAGCUUCGCUAGCCCUGAGCCAGUCUGACCAAGGCACCAACGAAGGGAAACGUAGACUACUCCUGGUUUACAUCCAUGGGUUCAUUGGAUCCGAAGAAAGCUUCCAUGACUUUCCCAAACAUGUUCAUGAUCUUUUAACAAUAUCGUUACGUGAGACCCAUGUGGUCUAUACGAAGAUCUAUCCUCGGUAUAAGACUCGAGGACCGGUGCAUAUAGCCCGAGACAAUUUUAGCCAAUGGCUUUCGCCCCAUGAAGCUCCAGAUGUAGAUGUUGUUCUCUUGGGUCACAGCCUGGGAGGCAUCGUCGGCGCAGAGGUUGCACUGAUGCCAGCACAGUCUGGAACCCGGCGUGUGCCGGACACGACGUUGAACCAUCGGAUAUUGGGACUAGUCAACUUUGAUGUGCCUUUCUUUGGCCUUCAUCCUCGCGUGGUCACCACUGGCAUUGGGAGACUUUUCCGCCACAAACCAGACGAAACGAGCAACACCAUCGAUUCGAUUGCAUCCAUAAAUGAGGGCAUCUAUAGCCCAGACACGACGUUCAACCCAGCCUUUCAGAAUGACGUGAAGCUAACGCGAUGGACUGGCUGGGAUGGCGCAUGGCAUUUCGUUUCGAAAUACUCACAUCACUUAUCGAGGUCCAUUCUGCAGUAUGCUUAUUCGUAUUAUGACCACGCUGGAUGUAUGAACAACUACCCUGAGCUCUUCAAGCGACAUAAACAGCUCAUGAAGCUGGAGGCGAUCGAUGAGUUAAGCCAAGAUUACCAGGCUCAGAGCCGUGGUGCCUCACGAGUCCGAUUCGUGAAUUACUUCACGAAGAGUACGGGGACAGUAAGAGCAGGUGGAACAGACCACUCAGUUCCAACUCACAUAGUCAAGAAUGAGGACCUUCAUAAACCGGAUUGGGAAGCAAGCUUGAACGAUGCAACGAAUAUGCUCGAAGUGGACCACACACCCGGCCAUGCUCGGCGGAAAUCAGCACCACAUUGUUUGGUUGGUUCUGCUGGGUUAUUGGGGAGAAAGGAGGAUAUACGUCCUAAAUCAAGUGGUGCCCAGCAUUCAUCAUUGCAUUUAGAGUCUUCUGUGGCGACGGUUAUGCAAAGCACCGUAGCGGAUGGCCAACAUGAGAACCCUAAAAUGGGCCGUGAGAUCUCCAAUAAGUCCCAGGCAGCAGCCCGCCGGCAGUUCUGCUACCUUCCGAAAGAUAUAUCCCAUGGCAAAGAGCACCUGUGGAUCCCAGUGCAGAUGGAGGGCAUCGACGAGAUCACGGCUCAUCAGUCAAUGUUUCUUCCGCGGGGCACAUACUAUGACAAGCUUGUUGGAGAUACAGUAGCGCUCAUUGAAGGCUGGAUAAGCGAUGAUCUGACGAAACGAACUAUUUUAGAUGGUGGCUUUUGUAAAUAG